AUGUCCAUUGAUGCCGACCCGAGUGCGCCGAAGGGCUUGAUAGACACCAAGGAGGUGGGCGCAAACCCGACUCGCAGUCCCCCUGCACAAGAAUCCACGGAUAAUGCUGCAUACCGAGAGGAUGUCAAAGUAGAUGGAGGUCUCUGGGCCUGGCUAUCAGUCGCUGGCGGAUGGAUGAUUCUGUUUUGUACAUUCGGCUACGCGAACUCGUUCGGCGUAUAUCAAGACUACUACACACUCGAACACUCGUCAUCAUCGUCUAAUAUAAGCUGGAUCGGUUCUCUGCAGCUAGUCCUGUCGCAAGGUGUCGGCCUCGGAGUGGGGAGUGGUAUGCUCCUAGUUCCAGCCCAGACGGUCCAGUCACAUCAUUGGGAGAAACGUCGCUCCCUUGCAAUGGGUAUCGUUGCCACGGGUUCCGGCUUCGGCGGCAUCAUAUACCCGAUCAUGUUGAACAGACUGAUACACGGUCCCCUCGGAUUUGCGUGGGGACUCGCUAUUAUGAAUGCUGGCUCCAUUCCAGGACGAGUAAUAAUGAAUGCUAUGGCGACCAACCUAGGCUUGUUCAAUAUGCUUAUUAUUGUGAUAGUCGCCAUGGGCGCCCUCACAUUUGCGCUAUUUGGAGUACUCAGUCCAGGGGCGGUGAUUGCGUUUUCGAUCCUAUAUGGAUUCUUCAGCGGCGCAUUCCUGUCUCUGUCGGCGCCAGCUAUUCUCGGUAUGGCGAAGAAUGUAGAUGAAGCGGGCAUGAGCCUUGGUCUAGCAUAUUUCAUAAGCUCCUUUGCGUUCCUGACUGGAGCGCCUAUCGAUGGUGCACUACUCGGGAACGUCAAUGACCCUCGGUGGUACCGGCCGACUGUGUUUUCAGGAGCCGUGCUGAUGGUUGGAGCUGUCUUCUUUACGUCGGCAAGAUUCCUGUUAGUCAAGCGACGUGGUACAAACUACGUUUGA